CGAGGGCAGCUCCCGUUGUAAGUAAGUAGUACCCACGGAUUUUUUUUUUCGCAGCAAAGAAGCAUUUAUAGUUCCACCGCGGCACAACUCCAGGAUGAAGUGAUGCACCUGCAUGACUACACAUUUUCAUCGAUACCAGUACCGGUUGUCUUGUCCGAUACGAAGAACCGAGCACCUCCGCUAGUUCAUCACACUUUUUCAGGAUAUCGUGAGAAAAAAGUGUUACAGUUACACACUCUGAUGCAAGACAAGCAGGACAGACAACCUCUCUCAUGCAGGAAGUGCCUGCCAGCCUCAUCUCAUUCGUGUUUUCCCUUAUACUCUGCGUAUCACAAGUUUUCCUUGACAUGCAGAGCAACUUUGUGGUGCUGAAAUUCCAACACAUGUGUAGCUGUAACACUUUUUUCAUGCGAUACAGGAGUAGACCCAGGCAGUAGAAGAAGAUCUGCAAGGCAGAACGAACUCAGUAAAGGACAGGACAACCGCUCGUGGAGCGUACAGCAUCGAUAGUGCAUCACCAUCAGAAGUUAUCGGACACAUAAAAGAAACUACUACGCAAAAAAGAGCGUUCUUGUGCCGACCAAGUAUUAUAGAAGAAUGACGUAAAAAAUUCAGAUUCAUUUUUUAUCGGUAAGAGAAUGAAACAACAAGGCAAAAUAAUUUUAACGAAAUACUCAAUUUUUGUAAAGAGAAGUAACUUGUUUUUGUAGCCUGCUUUACAAAGCUAUCCAUACAGUGUCACCUCGAAAGGCAAGAAGUCUAGAGCAUUUCAAGAACUACCAGCACGACAAAGAAAAUGUAAAAAGAAACUACCUACUUCUGUGAAGAUUAUUUCGUACAAGAAAAAGCUUUGAAUUUAAAGACGAAAUCGCAGUGUAGUAAGUACCAGUGUACAGCCUUGCCAACAAGAAUUCCACCUCUCCAUAGCAUGAUCACACGAUAAGAAGACGCAUGCGCUGAAUAAACUAAGCUUUCUAUCAUGAACUUUUCAGGGGGAAAAUGGGAAGUGAAAGGCGGAAAGCUCUUGCUACACAAAUAGAUGGAAAAAGUUUUGCGUCAGUAUCAAUCUACAUGAAAAUAAGCACGACCAUUCCGAACACAGUAAACAUAAAAGAAAGACGAUUUCAAAAAGAGUUCGAAAAAACAGUGUCACCCUAAGCACGAACAAAAGUAAAAAAAUAGAUCUGCGUCGAACGUAACAAGAGCUGUGAUGACUAGUAGCAAUAACGUAAAUUAUGCAGCUCCGCAAAUGAAGUAAGUCUAAGUAUAAGGUUUUGGAAACAACUUUCGUAGCGUGAAAUAAAGAAGUAGCAACGUAUGACUACCUGUGAAGUAU